AUGGGAGACUGGAACUUGUUGGGAAGCAUCUUGGAGGAGGUGCACAUUCACUCCACCAUCGUGGGCAAAAUCUGGCUCACCAUCCUGUUCAUCUUCCGGAUGCUCGUGCUCGGUGUGGCGGCGGAGGACGUUUGGGUGGACGAGCAAAGUGAGUUCAUAUGCAACACGGAGCAGCCAGGCUGCAAGAACGUCUGCUACGACCAGGCAUUUCCAAUCUCGCUCAUCCGCUUCUGGGUGCUGCAGAUCAUCUUCGUCUCAGCUCCUUCGCUGGUGUACAUGGGUCACGCUUUGUACCGUCUCCGAGCUCUGGAUAAGAAGAGGCACAAGAAGAAAAUUCAAAUUCGAGCUGAGCUGGAAGAGACCGAGUUCUUGCUGGAGGAGCACAAGCGUCUGGAGCGAGAACUUCGCAAGCUAGAGGAGCAUAAAAAACUCAAAAAGGCUCCUCUGAGAGGCUCCUUACUACGCACAUACAUCAUCCAUAUCCUUACCAGAUCUGUGGUGGAGGUGGGCUUCAUCGUGGGCCAGUAUAUCUUAUAUGGAAUAAGGCUGGAUCCUUUGUUCAAGUGUGACAGGAUGCCUUGCCCCAACACCGUGGACUGUUAUGUGUCCAGACCAACAGAGAAGACCAUCUUCAUGGUCUUUAUGAUAGUCAUUGCUGGGGUUUCUCUGUUCCUGAACCUUCUGGAGAUAUCUCAUUUGGGUACAAAGAAAAUCAAACAGGCGUUAUCUGGUUUGCAAUUCACAGAGGACGACAGCCUUUGCAAAGCAAAGCAAGCGGCAAUGGCGGAUUUUUCACUGAGGAAAACAGCAAAAAUUAGCAUUCAGUCUGGCCCGAUGGACCCUCUGUAUUUACCCAAUAUGGAUUCAAAUACCAGAAUAGCUGAGCAGAGGCAUAGCAUCUUUGCAGGUACGACUCUUCCUGUGUCGUGCAUAAUCCAGACAUGUCAGGACAGCCAAGGAUUUAUCCACAACGGACGUCUUCAAAGUCUUACUGGGCAACACAAUGCUGACCUGCCUCCAGACAGUAGCACUGGUUCAUGUAGAGACAGCAGACUUUCAAAUUCGGGCCAACAAAGUCAUGAAGGUCAGCUCAGUCAAAGGCCAAGCCAUAGUGAGAUUCCAGGCUGCGUUCGUAACGCUAUGCACCAACCGAGCCAUGUCCCUGAGCCGAGCGACGAUGGCACAGACUCAGACAGUGACUUCUACCCUCCCCCCAGGAAGGCCAGCUUCAUGGCACGGAUGCCUUCAGAGAGCGCCUCGGACAGCCCAUCCUGCCCCAGCACCAGGAGCUCCGAGUCUGAGCUCGGCUCACUUAAUGACCUACCCAUGAACCCACCACCGGGAGGACGGAGGAUGUCAAUGAGUGUGUUCCUGGACAUCUCUUCCAUCAUGAAAAAGUGA